GGUGAAAACUGUGCGUUUCGUUAGUUGGGUGCGUUAGGUUAGGGGUUUUCGAUUUUGAAGUAUUGGUAGCAGCUUGCAACAGAACAGAGCCAAACACUUGCAUCGGUGGUUGUUCUUCGCUCACGCCUCACGCUGAAGGCAUGAAUGCGUUCAAGGCAUACAAGGCCUGUGUGCCAAUUGCUUGGAGCCCCAAUCUCUAUAUAACACUGGUGAGGGGCAUUCCGGGAACCAGGAAGCUACAUAGGCGCACUUUGGAAGCACUUCGCCUGCGCAAAUGCAAUCGAACUGUCAUGCGAUGGAACACACCUACAGUUAGGGGAAUGCUCCAACAGGUCAAGAGGUUAGUUGUUGUCGAGACAGAGGAAAUGUACAAGGCCCGCAAGCAGAAGGAGCAAGCACACCGAGCUAUUCGUCCUCCAUUGGUCAUAAGUCACAAACCUCCCUCGCUCACUGAUGCUUUAUAAAGUCUUCUGUUUUCUUAAAAAUAUUAUCUUCUUGCUACUAAAACUAUCCAGCGCCAUUGCUUAAAGCUUUGGUCUCAGAUUGAUAAAAUCUUGCUUUGAAGGUCAUGUCAGAGUUGAGUUUAUGAUUGUGUAGUGUUUUUGACUUAUAACAUUAGUCAAAUUCAGGCCUCUGAUUAUGAAACCUGCCUAUCUAGGGGUUAAUAUAUUUAUAUCUUCAGUUUGGGAAUCAUUUGAUU